UACUGAGGAGACGCAGAGAGCACGAGUUCAAGUCUAAUACACAUUAUACAGCAUUACUGCGCAUUAAACUCAUUUCCUUUUGCUUUCCAGUUAUUUUUGUUUAUUUUGUUUAUUUUAUAUUUGGUGGCUUAAGAUCACAAAUAUUCUUGCAGAUCUUGGAAACGAACUGUCACUUAAGCAGAUCUUUACACUUCUGUAAACCAUGCCUCGCUCCUUCCUAGUGAAAAAGAGGAGAAGGGGAGGCUCUCGCUCUCCUCUCCCCACUGACUGCACACCAUACCUUGGCAUUCCCUCGACUGCCCCCAUAGUGUCGCCCAUAACUCGAGAAGAACCAGAACAGAGUGUGGAGUCUUCAUCUACACAAGAAGCCAAUAUACACCAGGAUUUCUGCAACAGCUGGACCACAGACACUAAGAGUUUUAGUGAAGGCUCUUCUCUGGUUCCUUGGCACCAUCUUCAGGCCACCAGCACAGAGGACAAGCAGGAGCUAGGAUUGUUACAGCCCAGCAAUAAAGACAGAGACUGUUCCCAGAUCAGCGCUCUGAACAGCUCCUCCACCACUCACUGUCCCAAUUGCAGCAAGUUCUUCUCUUCCCUUUCCAGCCUGGAGGCCCAUGUGUACAAGUAUCAUCAAGGUUACAGCUUGCCUGUGGUCUACUGCAACAGCAACAAACCUGUGACACCAUAUAGAACAAAGGAACGGACGUUUGAUUGUCAAGUGUGUGGGAAAGUCUUCAAGCGUUCCUCGACUCUCACCACACACCUGCUGAUCCACUCAGACACACGGCCUUUCCCCUGCCAGUACUGUGGCAAGAGAUUCCACCAGAAAUCAGACAUGAAGAAACACACCUUUAUUCACACAGGAGAGAAGCCACAUGUGUGCAGAGUGUGUGGAAAAGCCUUCAGCCAAAGUUCUAAUCUCAUCACACACAGCAGAAAGCACUACAGACCUUUCAGUUGAGCAUACAUGUCUGCUCUGGAUUUUUCUGUGUAUUAAAGAUUUCCCAAACUGUGAA